AUGUCUUCUCGACUUGGUACUUUUCGAGCCUUCUUCCUUGUGGGAGUCUGCUGUGUCGGCUCGUUUCUUUUCGCUUACGACACCGGUAUCAUUGGCGGCGUCCUCACUCUCCAGUCCUUCCAGAAUGACUUCCGGUAUAGCAACAAGCAGAAGACCACUGUGGCCUCGAACUCCAACAGCCUUCUUCAAGCUGGAGCGUUCUUCGCCUGUUUCUUCACCUGGCCAUUUACCGCACGAUUCGGGCGGCGUUGGUCAAUCGCACUAGCCUCUGCCAUUUUCUGCGUGGGUGCCGUCGUCCAAACCAUCAACACGCAUCACAUUGGAGCUUUCUACGCCGCCCGGGUAGUGUCAGGUAUUGGUGUGGGCAUGGCCACGGUCAUGAUCCCCAUGUUCAGCGCCGAAAUGGCUCCGAAGAACACACGUGGUCAGCUCGGCAGUAUGUUUCAGUUCUUCUUCACGCUCGGAGUCAUGACUAGCUACUGGGUCAACUAUGCCGUGUCGACGAAGCUGGCUUCUGAGACUCGCCAGUGGCAAAUACCGGUUGGGCUGCAACUUGUCCCCGGCGGCAUUCUUGGGUUGGGCAUGCUUAUUCUCCCCGAAAGUACUCGGUGGCUUGCUAAGGGUGGUCAACACGAGGCUGCGAUGAAAUCGCUCAUCUGGGUUCGCGGCGGCGAUAGCGAAGAGGUUCGCGCUGAGAUGACAGAGAUUCUCGCUGGAAUCGAUGCCGAGGUUCAAGCCACAGAAGGACUUACCUGGCGAGAGAUGCUGCUGCCAGCUAACCGAUGGCGUGUUUUCGUGGUUGUGACAUUACAAAUUGGCGUUCAGCUAACUGGUAACACUUCCCUCGCUUACUACGCACCACAGGUAUUCCAGACAGUCGGCGCUGGAGACUCCAAACUGCUCGUCAGCGGUUUCUUCGGCGUCAUCAAAGUGGUGUCCUGUUUCAUUUUCCUCGCGUUCUUGGUCGAAAGGAUCGGGCGAAAGAAGGCCUUGAUGGGCGGCGCGUUUGCCAUGGGAUCGUUGAUGCUAAUCGUGGCGUGCCUUACCGCAACCCAUUCACCCAGCAAGGACGCGACCAGCGUGUCGCCUGCGGGUGCGGCUUCUAUCACUAUGAUCUAUCUGGAAGCAGCUGCGUACAACAUGUCGUUCGGCCCCGUCUCGUGGCUGUACACGGGCGAAAUCUUCUCCAACCGGACUCGAGAAAUUGGCAUCGCCAUCGGCACCGCCACGCAGUGGCUCUUUAAUUUUGUCUUUUCCCAGGCCACUCCGCACGCCGUCGACAAUCUCGGGUGGAGAACGUUCCUGAUGUUCGCCAUCUUUAACGCGGCGCUGGUAGUUUACGCGUGGUUGGUUAUCAAAGAGACGACUGGAAAAGCUCUCGAAGAUAUGGAGGCACUCUUCGGCUCGACAAAGACACAGAUGGGUGCUGCCAAUAUCGAAGCCGCCGAGCACGAGCUCGAGUUCGCGAAGAAGGACUUGGCUUCGAGUCACGUCGAGGCGAAAGCAUGA